GCCGUGUCCCUGAACAUAACGGGUGGUUCAGGUGUGUGCAGUGUAUAUGUAUGCACAUGAUAGAAUAACUCUGAUAGAUACACACCCAUGGAUUUCUAAUACGGUUUAUACAAGUAUAGGACAUUAAGCAAGGUGUUGGUACACCACCUAUCCCAUAAUUCAACAUGAGAUCUCAGUUGAGGAUAUUUGGUUCCUUAACACUUCUUGGUCUGUGGAUUCAAGUAACAAGUGCUGCAAACAGUGCUCCAUAUUUUAUGACAAGGUUUCAAAAUGGAACUAAGGUUGAUGGUACUCUUAAUCAGCGACUGACUAGGGAUGGUCUCUCAGAAGAUCUCACUAAAGGCUCUGAAAUUGGCUAUGUGAUAUGCGGUGACAACGACAAUGACCCGAUUACUUACAAGAUCGAGAGCAACUCACUGUCCAUUAAUUCCCUAUCAGGACUGGUCACCUUGCAAGUGGCCCUUGACAGAGAGGGAGACAUUACAAAUACGUCCUUAGUAAAGCCAAAGUUUAUCUGUGAAGAUGGCCGUGGCUUAUCGGCAACAGCAGACAUUGACAUCACCAUCAAAGAUGUGAACGAUAACCGGCCAACAUUUCUCAAUGAACCGUACAAGGCCAAUGUUCCAGAGGAUUUACCAGUUGGUUCUACACUAUCAACUAGUGAAAUCAUUGUGGUUGAUCCAGAUGAGCUGUUCAAUGCCAUCGUGAACUUCAGAUGCCUUGGGACUCCUGUUGCCUGUUCGACGUUCCAGCUGCAGUCCAUAAUGUUGGAUCAAGGACGAUAUAAACUGAAUCUUAUUUUGGUCAAACCAUUGAAUUAUGAAGAUAUCAAAUCUUAUACAUACAGCAUAUUUGCUGAGGACCAAGGAGAAAAAAUUAAGCUCAGUACAACAAAGAAUGUGGGUAUAGAAGUUAAAGACAGACAAGACACUCUGCCCAUUAUCCUAAACACACCCAUUGCGCUGACGGUGGACGAAAACAUUGCAGUUGGAACUGAACUACAGGUCAAAAUAAUGGCCCAGGAUGGUGAUACAGGAGAUGCAAGAGAAAUUAAAAUAGUAAUACUCAGUGACUCUGAUCCAAAGAAACUAUUCCGGAUUGGACGUGCUGUUAGAAUGAGCCCAGACUUGCCUACUUACGCAGCACCAGUGUUUGUGAACAAAGUGAUUGAUCGAGAGGCAAACAGUGGUCGAUAUGAGUUUAGAAUUCAGGCCAUUGAACUGGAUAAUGGGAAUGAGACUCUGGACAGGACAACGGCGACUGUUACUGUGGAUAUUUUGGACAAGAACGACAAUAUUCCGACAUUUUCCAGUCCCUCGUACACUGUGAAUCUUACCGAGCAGGACACACUUCAAAACAAAGGCAACACGCAGGUCCCAGAUUUGAACAUUCAAGUAACGGACGCAGAUGAUGCAUCAAAUGCCAAAUACACACUGGCUAUUGAGCGGCAGACAUACCCAGCAUUCCGUGUGUCUCCUGAGCAGGAGAUCUUGGGAAACACAGCUGUUCAGCUGAUCAUCGUGAACACCAGUUACCUUGACUAUGACACACCCAUGUACCGCAGACAGGAGCUUGUGUUGAUUGCAAAAGAAUCCCAAAGGACUGAUGGCAAGACUCCACUUACUAGUACAGCCACGGUGACCAUCAACCUCAUUGACCUCAAUGAUAAUUCUCCAAUAUUUUCUGGUGUUUCAUUCAGCAAGUCGCUUCCAGAAAAUACCAAAGUGGGUUCCACAAUCAUCAGAUUAACGGCUACGGACAAAGAUGAAGGUUCGAAUGGGCAAAUCCAUUACUCAGUCCGUGGCACUGAAGAUUCAGUCUUCAAGGUGAAUCCCACAACGGGAGUAGUGACGCUGAACCAACCCCUGGACUAUGAGAAGCAGACGGAACAUCGUAUUCAGUACCUGGCCACCGACAUGGGCCAGCCGCCGAGGACAACGGAAGUGGCAUUCACCCUGAACGUCCAGAACAUCAACGACGUGGGUCCAGAGUUUGACAAAGAGAUCUACAGAACGUUUGCCUUUGAGACGAGUUUCGAGCUCAGACCUACGAUUCAAGUGAAGGCAACAGAUCCCGAAGGAGCAACUAUAACAUACAGAAUUCAGAGUGGCAACAGUCCCAACAGUGCCUUUGUGCUGGACAGCGUCAACGGAAAGCUCUCUCUCCAGCAGCUGCUCGACUAUGACCAGACAGAAAAUAAGGGAGGAUUGAUCACUCUUAUUAUUGAGGCCAAUGACAAUGGCAGUCCUCCCAUGACAUCAACUGCUUCUGUUAUCAUCACAGUUCAGAAUGAAAACAACCAUUCUCCACAAUUCUCGCAAACAAGUUAUUCACAAUUGAUCAGUGAAAUUGCAAAACCUGGAACUUAUGUUCUUAAGAUUAAUGCAUCAGAUGCUGAUACCGGACUAAAUGGGAAGAUUUUAUAUAGUAUUGCAUCAGGUGGAGAUGAAAACUUUGAUUUGAAUAUGAACACAGGAGUUCUUACCAUCAGCAACAAAGUCAGCUUUGAUUAUGAUGUCGUUAAAAAAUAUGACUUGAAAGUGUAUGCGACUGACCAAGGAACACAGCCUAGGACAGCAACCAGCAAGGUGGAAAUUACAAUAUCAGAUGCAAACAACAAAGUUCCAGUCUUUGAGUCUCUCAAUUAUCAUCGUAAUAUUGAAGAAACUAAACCCAUUGGUACGUCCAUCCUGUUUGUUAUCGCGACAGACGCUGAUGGUGACCACCAGCUAGAAUAUUCAAUUUUAACCAAAACUGUCCAGGCUCGAAACAGUGGGGGCAGCUUCAUCCAUUCUAUUAGCCUCUUUGAUUAUAGGAAAGCGUUUAAGAUUGACAAGACGUCAGGACUCAUCAAGACGGCCAUGAAUCUGAGUCGAGAUCUUACGGCCGAGAUUCAAUUUGCUGUUCAAGUGCAGGAUGUGAAAUCCGCUACAGGGAUGCAGACAGCAACAACCUCUGUGAACAUCAUCAUCUUGGCUAGCAAUGUAUCGACUAUCGUGUUUGAUCCCCCAUGGACCAAGCUCCGACCGAUUCAUCAGUUCAUGGUCCCGGAAGGCAUCCGCGGUGAACCAAUCACCACGCUGAUAGCCAGAGACCCAGUCUGUGCAUGCACUCUGAGAGACUACCAGAUUAUACCUGGAUCAGCCAGACCAGAAAAUGUCUUCCGUGUCAACAGAAUAACAGGUACAGUGACUAUUGUCGAAAAUAAAGACCUUGAUUAUGAAUCGAAUACGAGGAUUUUCACUGUGCAGGUUGUAGCUACCAGUGUGGACAGGCGUACAGCUGUGACCACCAUUCGAGUAGAAAUCAGUGACAUAAACGACAAUCCACCACAGUUUGAAGAGAGCAAGUACUCAUUCAAUCUCUUGGAAACGUAUGCCUACCCAUCAGUGGUUGGUUACAUCACGGCAAGGGAUGACGACAGUGGAAAUUUUGGUCGAGUCGAGUACAUUUUGUCGGGCAGUGGCAGCAAAGAUUUCAAGAUUUUUAACCAACAAGGUUUGCUGAUUGUGAAUCAAGGUGUUGAUCUUGACUAUGAAACGAAGAGAAGAUACCACCUGUUGGUAUCUGCAAGAGAUAACCCGGGGAAUAAUUCUCAAUCAGCAGUCUAUCACGUCACAACAGUUCCAGUUGAGAUUAACAUUCUCGAUUUUAAUGACAACAGUCCUGAGUUCACCGGGGAUCCUUAUGCGAUAACAGUCGUGGAAACCGCUGCUAUUGGCACCAGUGUUGGCAAGAUUCAAGCCACAGACAAAGAUUCUGGCAUCAAUGCAGAGAUUGUGUAUUCCUUGGAUGAUGGAAGAAACCUGUUCCGGAUAAUUCCCACUACUGGUGUUAUUUUGACUCGCCGGAGCCUGUCUGGCCUGUCCGAGUCCUUCAAAUUGUCAGUUACUGCCACGGACCGGGGCUACCCUCCUAAAAUGAACACGACCUCAGUGGACAUCAACAUCAAGAGUGGACAGCUGGAUGAUGGCACACCUGACUGGAAGGUGCCAAGACGGGGAGAGGUCGCUUAUGUUCUUGAGGGUCUUAUACCACCACAGCCUGUGUUGAAGGUGAAAGCAACUGCUAAAUCAACAAACGCGAAAGCGAUGUACAGUUUCCUAACCACUAUUAACAAUGAUCACAUGAAAUUUAAAAUAGACCGUGAGAGUGGAACAAUAACAACAAAUUUCAUAUUCGACCGUGAAGAUAAGGAUAAAUACGAGUUGAUCCUUAUGGCCACGGACAGUACAAACACUUCGAUCGUCAGCUACAGAAAUCUUGUGGUCUUGGUGAACGAUACCAAUGAUAACGCCCCCACGUUUGACAGCUGUGCUUUGAAGGUUCCUAACCCGCUACACGUAAACCUGCGUGAGAACUCACCAGUGGACACCAGUGUGUAUCAAGUGAAAGCCUGCGAUCCCGACAUCUACGUGAACCAAGUGGAUUACUUCCCUUACAAAACAUCACCAGAUUGUCGCAGAGAGUGGGCUAAGCAGAAUUUCUACUUGUCCAGCACACACAAGGGUCUGAUAGUGACGAAGAAGCGCUUGGACAGAGAACAGCAGAAGAGCUACCUCGUGUGUGUGGAGGCGAAAGCGGCUGGUCGCCGCAGGCGGUCCGUGUUUAAUGAAACCGAGAUGAAGCAGAGGAAUGUGGUGGCUUACAUCAUCGUGAAUCUGCUUGACGAAAAUGAUAACAGACCGGUGUUCCCAAACAGAGUUAUACUGCUGGGUAUCGAGAGCAUGCCACAGAUUUUACAGCAGGUCGUCAGAGUGACUGCCCACGACAACGACCUCACUCCAUACGACCGGACCCUGUACGAUAUCGUCAACAUCGAAUACUACGACCCUGAUCCCGACCAGCCGACCUAUUCGAUACGUGGUGCGUUCCGAAUCAACCGUGACAACGGGAUCAUAAUGACAAACCUGCCGUCGUACACAGACUACAUGCAGGCGGGGAGCUACUUUGCCCUGCAGGUGAUCGCCACCGACUUCAACAACCCAAAACUCAACGACACCAUGUCCGUGCUGCUGUUUGUGUAUGAACCGACCCAGUCUCUGCGAGUGGUGUUAAAUGAGAAACCGUCUGAACAGGCACAGCAGAAGGCCAAUGAGUUGAUCAAAAAACUGUCGUCUGCUGAUUCGACUUCCGUCUUUCAGCUGAAGAAAGUGACCCAUCACCGUAUUGGAGAAUCCUAUGAAUUGAAUAAGACUGAUGUUUGUUUCAUUGUCAUCCGUGAAUACCGUGUCAUGAAUGUUUACGCUGGAGUGUCAUAUCUGAAAAAGAACAACAAGAUAUUUCAAAUUUUAAAAGAUUUUGGAGACAGUAAACCAGGGGCAUGUAUUCCCAAGAAAACAUCUAUGGAUUCUAUAAACUGGAGUUCACUCUGGUGGGUGCUGGUUGCCGUGGCAAUAUUCAUCUUCGUCUGCUGUCUGAUCCUCAUCAUUGCAAUCAUCAUACUGUUCAACAAUUAUAAGAAUUUCAUGAGAACUAGAAAAACAGAUCUCAUUGCCCAGGAUUUAGAUCAGUGGUAGUUAACAAGUCACAUUCAGCUCAGCUUUCAGAACUUCACAGAAGGGUUUUGGAACUUCACAGAGGGGUGUUGGAACUUCAAGAAAGAUUUCAAAGCACUCCACAGAGCUUUAAAAAACUACUUAGAGCGAUUUUAUCAAACAUUUUCGCAAGAAAUCCUGAGAAACAUGUUCACCUCAUAAUCAGUAGUCAGUAAAUAGUGGAACUUUAUGAAAAUCACUGUCAAUACUGAAGUAAUGUCCUUGUUUCUGAUAUUUUGUAAUGAACACUUAUAAUUCGCAGCUUGUUUGAUAAAGCUGAAGAGAUCUGCUAAUUGUGUUCUCUAUGAUGAGAUGGCAUUUAAACGUACAUUUGAGUGACAUUAAUGUGCGAGUAAUCCUUAAAUGUAGGUGGUUGCUAUGCAAAGUAAACUUUAUAGCAAGUUCAGUAAUUCGAAUUUUUAUUUAAUGAAUAUGCAGUGUGAAAGAACAAGUGCUCACUUUCAUAGACAUUUAAAUUUAUAAAAAAUAAAUUUUGUAAAUAAGAUUGUAAAUAUUGCACAGAGAGACACAGUUUACGUUGUAGAUAUAAAUAUACAUAGAAGAGAAGAAAUAUAGCUAAAAUAUAAAUAUAGUAAAUAUAACUGAAAAUGUACAUUUGUAUAUUUAGUUUUAUAUUGUUAGGCGGUGACAGUUGAUGAUUGUAACACAUAACUAAUCAUGAGUAAAUGAUGGACUAAGUAAAAGAACAAGCAUUAGCAAUAUUUCUUAUAUUACAAAAGUAAUGUACAAAAGAUACAAAUUUUUUAAUACAGGUUGGUGAAUUUUAAUUUAAUUUUGUUGAAGCAGUCUUUUGAAAGAAAAUGUGCUUAAGAUUUUAUUAUUAUAAAUACAUUUGUAUAUUUCCAGUGUUGUUUUAUAUGUGCUGCUUUGAACAAAUAGCUUUUAUUUUUUAUUUUGCUGGAAAUAUGAUCUGAGAAUGUAUAUGUAUCUAGUUUUGUAAGAGUGAAAAGUAUGUAACUUGUGUAAGAGUGAAAGGUUUAUGAUAUAUAUUAGGGGAGUGCGCAGGAAAUUUUGCAGAGGGGGAUCGAGGUGUCUGGUGAAGCCCGUGCCGGGGGGUCUGGAGGCCCUCACCCCGAAAAUUUUGAAAAAUGUACCCCUUCUAGGGCUAUUCUGAGGUGUUUUCUGCUGGCUAGUCGAGCUGCUUUCUGACAAUUUUUUUUUCGCCUUGAGUGGGGGGGGGGGGGUUCGACCCCAACCCCCCCCCCCCCGCGAAUGCGCCUGUAUAUGUAAUGAUACAGGGCAAAAGCAAGUUUAUGAAGGUACUAAGUGAUUUUAAUAAGGUUCAUAAUUUUGUUGUAUUUCUUUUUAAGUUGGGGAGGAAGGCAGUGAAACUCAUAUUGACCAUGCUGUUUGGUUUCUGGUGGUCUAGUGAUAGAAAAUCAUAUUGUUUUGGAAUAACCCUGUUGUAUAAGAUAUACUUUGAAAAACAAAGAAACAGAAAGGCUUUUUUGUUUGUGAAUACAACUCUUUUCUACAUCAGAAUGCAACGGAAAUUAAUAAAGUAUAUAUUUAUAUCUCACAGUAAAUUAUUUCGACAGCAUAUGGGCUGUGGUAUUCAGAAAUAAUCAAAUUAUGUCAUAAAAAGACACUUGCAAAUAUCAAAUAUUGUCUUUAGUUUCUGUUGUAGUUUUGUAUUUACAUGUACACAAGGAUGUGUAUUAUAUUUUUGUAUUAAAAUAUGUUUUAAUAGUA